GGCGGGGUGGACGCCCCGCUGGGCUUGUGCUCUGCCCCGCCGGCGUGGGGAGACCCGGCCCGGAGCCAUGGCGCUGCCCCUCGCCCUGGGGCUCUGCUGGGGGGCGCUGGCGGCAGCAGCGGGGGAGCCCCACAGCCUGGACAUCCUGAUCACCGGGCUGAACGAGCUGGGCGGGACUCACGGGUUCUUCAUGCUGGCCAAGCUGGACGGGCUGGAGCUCGCCUCCUACAGCAGCGCCAGCCGCGAGGUGAAACCCCUCCGGGCGUGGGCAGUGCAGGCCGUUGGCGCGAGCUAUUUAAGGAAGAAGACCCAGGAGUUCAGGCUGUACGAGGCCAUCUCCCGAGUGGUGACCCACCGGUGGAUGGCGCAGCACAACCAGACCGGCGGGAUCCACACCCUGCAGCUGCACGUGAACUGUGUGCUGGAUGGGGACACCCCCGUGCGAGGGCAGUUUCACUUUGCUUUCGACGGGCAGGAUUUCCUCAUCCUGGAGAGAAACCAAUCCGCGUGGGUGCCGCUGGCACCGGAAGCCUCCAACGAGACACAUUUCUGGGAUGCUGGCCACACCUGGACCCUGUUUGCAAGGGAGUUCCUGCAGGAGGAGUGCGUGGACACCCUGAGGAGCCUGCUGCGGGGCGGGAGGGAGGCUCUGGGACGGCAGGUCCCCCCAGGCAUCUCGGUGACCUACAGAGACGCCCCCCACGGCUCCGCCACCCUCUCCUGCCACGCCAGGGGCUUUUACCCACGUCCCAUCCGCGUCUCCUGGGUGUGGGACGGGGCGGAGAUCCUGCCGCCCAUGAACACCAGCGGGAUCCUGCCCCAUGCCGACGGCACCUACCAGAUCCGGCAGUCCCUGGAGAUCCCCCCGCGGUGGGGCCACACCUAUGCCUGCCGGGUGGCGCACAGCAGCCUGGGGGAGCCGGCACCCACCAUGGCCCUGCCCGAGGUCUCGGUUUCCCGCAGAGACGCCCCCGACGGCUCCGCCACCCUCUCCUGCCGCGCCAGGGGCUUUGACCCGUGGCCCGUCCAUGUCUCCUGGGUGCGGGACGGGAAGGAGACCCCGGCGCCCCCCAUCGGCCACACGUCGGAGCUCCAGAGAUCCGUGGGGAUCCCGCAGCAGGGCGGGGCUGGGCACAGCUACUCCUGCCGCGUGCAGCACCGCGGCCUGCAGGAGGCGCUGGCGACUCCGGCGCCCGGGGAGAUGGGGGGCCCGGCCCCCGGGAUCCUGGCUGCCCUCGGCCUCGCUGCGCUGGCUGGGGCCGGUGCCGUGCUGGCUGGAGUCGUGGUGUGGAGGAGAAAGCGCUCGGACUCUGGCAGAAGCAGCUUCGCCCCGACUGCCGGAGAGGAUCCAACGCCUGGCCUGGACCCUGCCAGCCAGCGUCAGACCCCGCCUGUGUGAUGGGCUGGGCGCCUGGUGACCCACCACCCACAGCCCCUGCCGGCCCGGACCCCACUGGCCAGCGUCAGACCCCGCCUGUGUGAUGGGCCGGGCGCCUGGUGACCCCCCACCCACAGCCCCUGCCGGCCCGGACCCGCUGGCCAGCCAGGACCCCGCUGGUGUGAUGGGCCAGGUGCCCGGUGACCCCCCCCACCCACAGUCCCUGCCAGCCAGGACCCGCUGGCCAGCGUCAGACCCUGCCGGUGUGACGGGCCGGGCGCCUGGUGACCCCCCACCCACAGCCCCUGCCGGCCAGGACCCCACUGGCCCGUGUCGGACCCCGCCUGUGUGAUGGGCCGGGCACCUGGUGACCCCCCACCCACAGCCCCUGCUGGUUCGGACCCGCUGGCCAGCGUCGGACAAUGCCGCUGUGAGACGCCGGGUGCUGCUCAGCCGGGCUGGAGAUGAGGCACCAGGUUUUACCAGUGAGGGGAAUGAACCCCGGGAGCUAUUUCCCAGGGGUCCUGGUGGAUUCUCCACCCUGGCGUGUUUAACUCACAGUUGGCUGGUUUUCUCCAGGAUCUGCUCUGGGAUUAUCGGGGCAGGUCUCCGGCCCCUGCUGUGCAGGGGAUCAGACCCGAUGAUCACAGUGAUCCCUUUGGCAUUGGGAUCUGUGACUCUAUGAACCCCCAGCCCCUGACUGCCAGGAGUCGCCCGCAGCAGAGACCCCAUGCGUGGCACCGUGUGCACGGCUCCUCCCCAGACACAGCAGCCGGGAGCCGCGGGGCAGCUGGAGCGAAGCCCAGGGACGGUGGCAGAGCCGAGCGGGGAACAGGCUGUGAGUUCACCGGGCGUCCUGGCCGGGGCAGGUCUGCGGGGAACUCAGGGAGCAGCAGAGACCCGGAGCCGGGGGCCCCAGGAGAGAGACUCCCCGAGCCGGGCCCAGAAACCCACAGACACCGAUUGGCUGGACUGGAGUGGCCGCCCCCAGCACGCAGCUGACGGGCCCGGAGUCUCCACUGGGCCACCCCAGGGCCCCAAACCGGAGCCGCUAUCGGUCCCCUGGAGCUGCAGCUGCCUCUGGGCUGGGGGGAUCUGCCCUCCCCCCUUUGCCGCCAGCCCCAGUAAAUACCCCUCCCCCGAGCCGCGUGUCUGAGUGUUACUGGGACCCCCGGGGCUGGUUGUGGUGCUGCGGGCGCUGCUGGCACCCCAGGGCUCGGGGGGCUCCGGCACUGAGCAGCCUCAGUCAUUACAGCAGGUCUCUGCUCUGCUGUCCCAGCCCGCGGGGCUCUGGGAGUCACGGUAAAGCUGCAGUUAACGCCCGGAAGCAGUGUGGGAAAUACGUAGUUACCCCUGCCCCAGUGCUGCCCCCCCCCCCCCCCGUGGGGAAGGAGGAGGCUGCAGGAGUUCUGACCAAGGGGCUUAGCUACCCACCAGGGCUCCCUGCCCGCUCCAUCCCUGCUGCCCCAGAGCUAACCCCCUGCACCCCACUCCCCUCCUAGACCUGACUCCCAGCCCCUCCUGCUC